AAAGUUAUGCGAGGGGUGUAGAAUGGAGCGAAGACCGUUGCCAGCAAUAUUACUACAUCGGUACCACAAUGAUGGGAUCAAUAGUAUGUGAGAGGUGUAUCAUAGGUGCAAAGUAUGUCCUAUUUAGUAUAUGCGAUGUAUAUGUGAAUAAGCUCCACAUACAUAGUAAGAACUUAGCAAAGUGUUUGUAUUGCGAAAGGCGAAUAGCAUCGAAUAGUAUACGUAAGUGUGACAACAUUCCGCUGGGAGGCAAGCAUCUGUAUUGCAGCCGAAGAAAGAAAAUGGGAAAGUUAGGAGGAAAAGGAGGCCGAGUGUGAAGGGGCUGAUAUACCCCGAAUCGCUGGAUGGAUCGUCCAGAUCCCACACGAGAUUGUCAUCCUGAAAUGCUUCAGGAAUGGCAACCUCA